ACGAGAGCUCGGAAGAUGGAGAGUAGCGGCACAGGAAUUAGCAGGCUCGACUGCUACGAGGAUAUGUUUAAAGAGAUAACCAGGAAAUUGUACGGCGAGGAUCCCGAUCAUAGAACCUCGAGCGUUCAGAACGAGUUCGAGACUUCCGUUUCGUACAAGACCGAGGAGGACACCGGAAACGGGACCGACGGUAGCGACGACGGAAACUGGACUUGCGAGGAGGAACCGUUGAAAGGGACCGAUGGAAGCCGUAUUGCUGCUUAUCACGCUGGGAAGGCAACAUGGAGGUGCUAUGAAUGCGGGGAUGUGAUGGGUGGUGGGCCUCGCGACGUUGCAGAACAUUUUAUGGAACUUCAUUCGUCGAGGAUCCUCGCAGACGAAAGGAACAGGCAUCACUCACCGCGGAAGGACUAUUUGCAGACAGAGUUGAAAGUGGAGGAUGUGAUUUCCUAUUUGGAGAGGUUACGAGAACGAGCGGAAAGAAGCGCGCCUCCAUCGAGAAGAACGCAAGAAACGCAAACGGUGCCCGCAGCUUUGCUACCGGUACCGUCUACCUUCCUGUUACAAGAAUUGCCAUCCGCUCCUGCACCUCAGCAUUUACACCAGAACGCCACAACAAUGCCCAGCUCGGCGACAGUAUCGGCGAGCGGGAAGCGCUACACCUGCCCGUAUUGCCCUUACGGAACGGAUCGCCGCGACCUGUACACCAGACACGAGAACAUCCACCGCGAGGAGAAACCGUUCCAUUGUUACAUAUGUUACAAACCGUUCAACCGUGCCGAUCACGUGAAGAAACAUUUCUUGAGGAUGCAUCGGGAGCACGGUUACGAGUUGUCGAGGAUACGCAGACCUGCUGGAUCGACGGCGCCCAAGCCGCCCCUUCAGCAAGAGUCCGCUACGACGAGUGGCGGGAACGCGAGCGCGAACGGGCAACAACAGCAACAGCAGCAGCAGCAGCAGCAACAGCACACGACUUAUUCAGGAUUUAAUAACAGCAAGAGUUACCAGUUGCAGCCGAAUCCUGCCGCUAGCACGGCUGCAGCCGCGGCUGCUAUUUACCAGGGGACGUCGAUGCCUGCCCCAGGCAUCAUGCAACCGGAUGCGGCAAGUUGCGGUGCCACGGGGAGGAGGGUGCAGAACGGGGGCUGCAACAGCAAGAGCCACCUCAAGGGAGGCUCUAAAGGGGCUCAGGAGCGGAGGUACACCUGCUGCUAUUGUUCUUGGAGUGGCGUAGACAACUGGUGCCUUAAACGGCACUUGAACACGCAUCUGAAGCCGUUCGCGUGCACCUUGUGCGAGUACAAGGCCGCACGCGCGGAGCGUCUAGCCACCCACGUGUUGAAGGUGCACAACAGACGACAAUGCUCGAGAUGCUCGUUCCUCGGCGAAGAUGCGGCACAGCUUCAGAUGCACCAGCUGCAUGUGCAUCGUGUCAGCAGUGCCAACGCCCCCGCGACGUCCACGGCACAAGCUGCUCCACCAUCCAACAAUCGUCAUCAACAACCUUUGCAGUAAGGAUCUUGUUCGUUAAUUUAUUCGUCUCAUAGAUUUCUCUUUCUUUCAAAAAAAAAAAAAAAGAAAAAAAAUGAAAGUAAAUUUCAUCAGCAUGCGUGUACACGCACACAUCUCUGUAUGUGUGAAAUUAACUUCACAUCCGUGGCAUUAAUUAAAAGAACGCUUCCCUCUCCCUCGAAUAACCAGAGUUGACAUUUGCCAAUAUCGAUUACAGCUCGCUUCACUCGGCAUUCGAUACAACAAAGGCACGAUAAAUAAAAUCAUCGAAAGGGUCUGCCCCUCCGUUUCGACAAUGCGCGUUUAAUUAGGGACACUUUUCUGAUUUCGCGUAAUUAAAAAGCAUACAUAUAUAUAUAUAUACGUCGACAAAGAAAGCGUUUCCGGCGUAGUGGCUGAGAGGAGAGAAAAAGAAAAAAAGAAAAAGG